CGGGGAAGCUGGGCUCUGGAGAGCGUGCCCCGAACGGGACGCGAGAGCAGCGCGAGACUCUGCGGCCGUGCUCGGGGCCGGUGCUCCCCGAACUUGGGAGUUGCAGGUUGCUGAGCAGCAGGCGGGCCCCCAGCCUCGGCCGCUGACGUGGUCCCUAGUCCUGCCUUCUCGCCGGACACCGCCGCCUCCCCUCGCCCUCUCCAGACUCUGAACAGGUCCACCGUUAGCAGCCUCUACACUUGUCCAAGAGCAUCAGAAAAUGAACGACUCCCAGGGGCCAGUGUCAUUCAAGGAUGUGGCCGUGGACUUCACCCAGGAGGAGUGGCAGCAGCUGGGGCCUGGUGAGAAGGCCACCUACAGGGACGUGAUGCUGGAAAACUACAGCCUCCUUGUGUCUGUGGGGUAUGAUAGCACCAAACCAAAAGUAAUUCUCAAGUUGGAGCAGGGAGAGGAGCCAUGGUUAGCAGAAGGUGAAUUCCCAUGUCAGAAUCAUCCAGAAGUCUGGAAAGUUAAUGACCUGAUAGAGGGAAUCCAAGAAAAUGAAGAUGAACAUUCAAGGGAAGUUCUUUAUAUCAACAGUAGAACCCUGAUUGGAGAGAGAGAGAAUACAUUUGAUAAAGCUUCUAUGGAACCAAACCUUGCUCUUUCAAGGAUAAAAUCUCAUAAUUGUGUCUCAUGUGGAAAGAAUUUAGAAUCUACUUCAGAAUUAAUUAUUAGUGAUGGAAGCUAUGCAAGAAAGAAACCUAAUGAAUGUGCUGAAUGUGGGAGAACAUACUUUGGAAAGAAAUCCUAUGGAUUUAAUCAAGGUGGAGAAGGCUAUUCUCAAAAUGAAGAAAGUCUUCUUCAGAAAAUUAAUAUUUUGGAGAAACCCUUUGAAUAUAAUGAAUGCAUUGAAGCCUUGGACAAUGAAGCUGUUUUCGUUACUCAUAAGAGAGCUUACAUGGGGGGAAAGCCCUAUGAGUGGAAUGAGUCUGGGUCAGACUUCAUCCAGAUGUCAAAUUUUAAUGUAUACCAGAGGUCACAGGUAGAAUUGAAGCCCUUUGAAUGUAGAGAAUGUGGGAAAUCCUUCUGCAAGAAGUCAAAAUUCAUUAUACAUCAGAGGGCUCACACAGGAGAGAAACCUUACGAAUGUAAUGUAUGUGGGAAAUCCUUCAGCCAAAAGGGAACCCUGACUGUACAUCGGAGAUCACACUUAGAGGAGAAACCCUAUAAAUGUAACGAGUGUGGGAAAACCUUCUGUCAGAAGUUACAUCUUACUCAACAUCUGAGAACUCAUUCAGGAGAGAAACCCUAUGAAUGUAAUGAGUGUGGGAAAACCUUCUGCCAAAAGACCCAUCUCACCCUACACCAGAGAAAUCAUUCGGGAGAAAGGCCCUAUCCCUGUAAUGAAUGUGGGAAAUCCUUCUCCCGAAAGUCAGCUCUCAGUGACCAUCAGAGAACACACACGGGAGAGAAACUUUAUAAAUGUAAUGAAUGUGGGAAAUCUUACUACCGAAAAUCUACCCUCAUUACGCAUCAGAGAACACACACAGGAGAGAAACCCUAUCAAUGUAGUGAAUGUGGAAAAUUCUUUUCUCGGGUAUCAUACCUCACUAUACAUUAUAGAAGCCACUUAGAAGAGAAACCCUAUGAAUGUAGUGAAUGUGGCAAAACCUUCAAUUUAAAUUCAGCCUUCAUUAGACAUCGGAAGGUACACACAGAUGAGAAACCCCAUGAGUGCAGUGAAUGUGGAAAGUUCUCUCAGUUCUCAUAUCUCACUGACCAUCCUACAACUCCUUUAGGGGAGAAACCCUACAAAUGUAGUGAAUGUGGGAAAAGUUUCCUUGAAACUUCAGUCUUCAGUGGACACCAGUCACUUCCAAAAGGGGAAAAAUCCUAUGAGUGUAAUAUAUGUGGGAAAUUGUUCUCUGAGUUAUCCUACUACACUAUACAUUAUAGAAGCCAUUCAGAGGAAAAACCGUAUGGAUGUAAUGAAUGUGGGAAAACCUUCUCCCAUAAUUCAUCCCUCUUUAGACAUCAAAGAGUACACACAGGAGAGAAACCCUAUGAGUGUUAUGAAUGCGGAAAGUUCUUCUCUCAGAAGUCUUAUCUAACUAUACACCAUCGAAUCCAUUCAGGAGAGAAGCCCUAUAAAUGUAGUAAAUGUGGAAAAGUCUUCUCUCGGAUGUCAAAUCUCACUGUACAUUAUAGAAGCCAUUCAGGAGAGAAGCCCUAUGAAUGUAAUGAAUGUGGAAAAGUCUUUUCUCAGAAGUCAUACCUCACUGUACACUAUAGAACUCAUUCAGGAGAGAAGCCCUAUGAAUGUAAGGAAUGUGGUAAAAAAUUCCACCACAGAUCAGCCUUCAAUAGCCAUCAGAGAAUUCAUAGGAGAGGGAAUAUGAAUGUACUUGAUGUGGAAAAUCUCCUGUGAAAUGAAGCCUCAUUUUAGAAAGUCCUCUGAAUAUAGUGAGUAUGGAAGUCCAAUAGGGAAUCAAAUACCAUUGUUUGAGAAUUUAUGUUUUUGAAUGGGAAAAACAUUAAGGCAUUAGAUUGAUUUUAACCUGAGUUUUCACUAGAAGAAUCCCUAAGAAUGCAACUAGAAGCAAAGCCUUCAUCAAAACCCUACAACUCCUUGGAUACUAGAUAAUUUAUACAGGAAUGAAACUUUAUAAAUAUUUAAUAUUUAUUUUGGAUUCAAAUUGUAUUUGCUUAUCAGGGAACCAUACCAAGGUGAAAUCUGUAAAAGUGAUGAAUGUGGAAAAAUAUAUUGUCUUGCAAAUUGUUAAACUAAAAGCCAUAUUUCUGAAGCAAACUCAAAUGUUUAUAGGAAAGAUACCAGAAACUAUUGAGCCCCGAAUAAGCUUUCGUUGUAUAAAAUGAAGUUUUCAAAUCAUCAGGAGUUGAUAAUGAGGACAGUAGCAUUAAAUAUGUAUGUAUAUGGCAGUGUCUAUCAUGUUUUUAAAAUGCAAUCUAAUUCUAUGCAACUCUAUGCAAGUUUGGAUUUGAAUGAUUUGUGAAAAGGCAGUGUUAUGUGAGUAUUAAGAUGGGAAGAUUUACUAGCAGGAUGUAUUGUUGGUGAGAUGUUUGAUAGGUUCAAAAUAGUUAAAUGCAUAAUUUUCUAUUUAGAGUCAUUUACAAAUGGGUUCUUAUUGAAUAUCUCAUCAACAGAGGAGCCAGCAAUUUUUGUAGCUUUAAAUUACAUUUGAGCAAAAAAAAUUUUUUUAACAUGCUAUUUUCGUAAACCAUGCAUAAUUUAGAGUUAAGUUUGUUUCAGUGAAAGAGGACAACUGUACUGUUCGUACUCUAUAAACUUUGCCCAGCUCACAUACCAUGCUGGUUUUUUGAUACAUAAGUUUGAGAGUGCAGUGUGCCAAUAUGUACUUCAGAAAUUUUACCUGUACGUUUGUUUGAUAUGAAUACAGUGCUGUUAUUUUGUGCACUGCCCCUUAUUCCUGGUAUUUUGGAGCAAAUAGAAGUUUUUAGCAGACAUUUUUGGUUAACUCAAUGUCCUUUCUCCCUUAUUCCUUCCUGGAAGAGUUUGUGUAUCUACCAUUUCUUCACAUUACACAGAGAAUAAAUCCUGAUUUUGCCAAUCAUGAUAAUUCCAUUCUAAUUGCCCAUAACUCAUUUGUAGUGGUCACAUGACCCAGUCCUGGGCAAACAGAAGGGAUGCAUUCUGGAAAAGUGAUAAAGCAGUGAUGAAAUGGGUCUUAGUACAAGGAAUGUGAGUGUUUUAAAAAGCCAUGUAAUACAUCACAUGAAGAAAAGAAAUCUAGUAUGCAAGAAAUUAAUGUAAAAUAUGCACCCACUUACAUUUUUCACAAUGGAUCAAAAGGAACUUAUUUAGUGGGAUAAAGAGUAUCUUAAACUACAACCCACAGCAUACCUAAUGGUGAAAUAUUGCAAGUUUUCCCCCAAGAUAAAAGAAAUAGACAAGGAUAUCUACUACCAAUAAUUUUAUUCAGUAUUGUGUAGGACUUCGCCAGAAAAGGGAAGAGAAAGAAUCAAAAGUCAUAAAGUUUAAAGAGAAUUAAAACUUUCAUUUGUAGAUGACAUGAUUUUCUACAUAGAAAAUUCUGAGGAAUGUACAGAUUAGAAUCAAUGAGUAAGUUUAGCAAGGUCUCUGAAACCAUUAUUAUGCAAAAAUUUUUUUAAAUAUAUACCAGCAAUGAACAAACGUAGAAAAUGAACAAUUUUAAAUAACACAAUAGCAUCCAAAAAUCCUCAGGUACCUAGGGGUAAAAUUAUCUAACAAUGUUUUCAAGAACUGUUUCCAGAAGAAAAAUAAUUACCAAGUUGAGAGGGACAUAUCUAGUUCAUGGAUUCCAGGACAAUCGUAAAAAGAUAACCCAUUUCUCCCAAAUUUAUUCAUGUAUUCAAUUUAAUCUUAAAAGUUGUUAGUUGAAAGUUAAUUAAGUUAUUUAAUUGAAAUUGAGCUAAUUUGAAAAUUCAUAAGACCAAUAAUAGUCACAGCUAUCUUCUAGAAUAGACAGAAUGAGAGAAUUUACAUUGCCAGAUACCCAGCCCUGUUACAAAGCUGUAUUAUUAUAGUGUGGUGUUGGCACAGAAAUAAAUUGACCAGUGGAACAAAGAUUCCAGAAAUGCCCAAACAUGAUACAGUCACCUUAUUUUCUAUGAAGAUGGUAAUGCAGUGUAAUUGGAGAAAGGUUGUUCCUUCUAAUAAAUGCUUUGUCAACUAAAUUUAAAAAUUUAAUAGAAAAUAAAAAAAUCAAUUGAGAUAGAUUGCAGAUCUAAAUACAAAGUGUAAAAUAAUAAAGUUUUAAGAAGAGAUCUUUGGAGAUUGUAACAGAGUAAAUUUUCUUUAGACACAAAAGCACUAAACCAUAAAGUAGAAUGUGUUAAUUUGGGUAUAUUAUGUUUUAAAACUUCUGUUUAUCAAAAAGACACAAGAAGCAAAUAGGCAAACCACAGAGGGGAAAAUAUACUUGCAGUUCACACAUAUGACAGCAGACUUGAGUUGAAGAGGGGUUGGUAACAUUUUUGUUCAGGAGCCAGGUAGUAUUUUGGGCUUUGUAGCUAGAUAUUCUCUGUCACUGCGAUUCAGCUUUUGCUCUUGUAGUGUGAAAGCCAUAUACAGUAUAGAAACAAAUGAACAUGGCUAUGUACCAGUAAGACUUUAUUCAGAAACACAAAUGGCAGUCUCUAUUUGGCCUGCAAGGCUGUAGUUGCCGACCCCAGAUCUAAAAUAUAAAAGAAACACCUACAAAUCAAGAAAAAAAUUGAAAAUGGGCAAAAGACCUAGACAUCAACUUCACCAAAAAAGAAUAUCCAGAUGGCCAAUAACCAUGGGAAAAGGUAUGUUAAUUUACUAGUAGUAAGGAAGAUGCAAAUUUAAAAUACCAUGUGGUAUUACUGCCCACCCACUGAUAUGGUUAAAAUGAAAAGCAGCAAAAAAAUCAAGUUUUGGCAAGGAUGAUAAGCAACAGAAAGUCUCCUGCCCGACUGGUGGUACUGCCAAUUAAUAGACAUUUUAGAAAGCUGGGGGUUCAAGUUGAACAUGUGUUUAUCCUUUUAACCCAGACUUAGCACAAAUGCACAUUUCCACCAUGCGUGUGUAUGUCUACCAAAGGACAUGUACUAGAAUGUUGGUGGCAUGAAAUGACAAACAAUUAUCCGAAGGCAUAUAUGCAGCAGAAUGAGCCUAAGGAGUAUGUUUUCAUUACAGAAUACUGCAAUGAGAAUGAACUCUAAGUACAUUCAGUGACAGCUCAACUUCACAAACUGCUGAGUGAGGAAGUCCAGUCACCAAUGUAUGAUUCCAUCUAUAUAAAGUACAAAAACGGCCAAAACUUGUCUAUGCAGUCAGAAAUCAGGAUAGCUACAGCUGAAAAGGGGUAUUUUAUCUGGUGCUGGUAAUAUUAUUUCUAAAUCUGGGUGCUGAAUAGCUUGAAUGUUCUGAAAAACUUAAUGAUAAUGUGUGUUUUUCUGCAUGUAUAUUAUUUUUAAAAUCCUGCGUGAUUUUGUGCAGGAAAUUCUCCUUAGAGCAGUUUUAAUGGCAACUACUAAGAUUUCCUACACUGUGAAAUGACCUUAAAGCUUACAUAAUGUAUAUUUUAAGUAAGAUAUUUGAAAAUGUGGCAGGGCCAUUACAUAUUUUGCCAGCCUACCCUUUUGCAAAUAUAAACGGGUCUGAACUGCCUCUUCAAUAAAGAACUAACAUGUAAAUAUUU